AUGUUACCGGGAGUGCGAUGGAGAUGCCACCUUUGGGUGCAGUUGGGGGUCCUGGUUGCCCUCUUCCUGUACUCCUACCACCUCACUCUGCAGACCCAGCGGCUGCCUCCUCCCCUUCGGCCGACCCUCCCCCUCUCCCACCGCCAGUCCGUCACCUUGAGUGACGGGACCUUCACUUUCCACCUCAACCUGAGCUGCUACGAAGCCCAGUUCCCCCAGCUGCAGCGCCACCUCUGCCGUGCGGUGAUUGCUGAGGCCGGGGUGUGCAAGCGGGCGGGCGGCCUCCCCUUGUUCCUCCUGGCUGUGAAAUCCCAUCCCGCCUCCAGCGGGAGAAGGGCUGCCUUGAGACGCACCUGGGCCCGGGCGGGGGUGGCGGGGGGCUACCGGCUGCAGCCCCUUUUCCUGAUGGCCAAGACCCCCGACGCCAGACACCUCAGCCUGGUGCGGCAGGAGAGCAGCCACUUCAGGGAUGUGGUGCUGUGGGACUUUCUCGAAUCUCACCACAACUUGUCCCUCAAAGAGCGCUGUUUCCUUCAAUGGCUCCACACGCACUGCCGGCAAGCUGCAUUCGUCUUCAAAGGGGACGACGAUCUCUUUAUGAAUCCCCAGGCCCUGACUGGAUACCUCCGGCAUCUGCCCAACGCCUCCCUCUUCAUCCACGGCAACAUCCAGCGCCACGCGGCCGUGAUGAGGCGAGGGAAGUACAGCGUCUCUCGCACCCUCUACCCUCUGGAGCACUACCCCCACUUCGCUUCUGGCGGGGGCUUCGUCCUGCCCGGCUCCUUGGUCCCUGCACUCUACCAGGCAUCGCUGCGGCUGCCCGUCUUUCCCCUCGACGAUGUGUACUUAGGCUUUCUGGUUCUGGCCGCUGGCCUGUCUUUUUCCCACGAGAAGCGCUUCAGAGUGUGGGGAGCCCCCAAAGAUGAACUCCAGGUGUACCGGGAGUCUUUCACUGUACACGGGAUCCCCCCGAAAAGGAUGGAGGAGGUGUGGAAGGGGCUCUGGAGCCCUCGCCAAGGGAAGGAGGCCUGA